AGUUCAAUAUUAGAAAAACAAAAAAAUGGAGAAGAAGUUGUUUUGGUCUCUUGGGGUUUUGGGAUUCAUCAUGGUUUUGGUUGUGAAAUCAAAAUCUGUUGAUGCAAUGUCCUGUCAAGAUGCACUAACAGCAUUGAUGCCUUGCCAGCCUUACUUGACGACCGGAGUAGCCAGUCCCGAUCCUCCGUGUUGUCAAGCGGUGGCUACCAUCACCGCAUCCGCUACCACCACUUUGGCACGUCGGGAGUUGUGCCGGUGUUUCGAGAAAGCUGGCCCUACUCUCGGGGUUAUCCCCGACAAAGCUAAGCAGCUUCCUCAUAAGUGUGGUAUAAGUGUUCCAGUUCCCAUUGAUCCUACCGUCAACUGCGAUACCAUCAAGUAGGAGAUGGGAAUGUGGCGCUGCCACCCAGAAUAAAACAUGAAGGAUCAAGAAAA